AUCGUUCACUGCAGCCUCCACCUCUGAGGCUUAAGUGAUCCUCCCACCUUAACCUCCUAAGUAGCUGGGAGUACAGAUGCACACCUCCACACCUGGCUAAUUUUUGUAUUUUUUGUUUUGCCAUGUUGUCCAGCCUGGUCUCAAACUCCUGGGUUCAAGCGAUCUGCCUGCCUCAGCCUCCCAAAGUGUUGGGAUUACAGGUGUGAGCCACUGUGCCUAGCCAACCUUUUUAUACUAACCCUCCUUUUAUACCGUACUGUCACUAUAAUGAACACUCAGUUGAUUUUAAGUAAUCAGUAAUUUGAGAGCCUGUAAAGCACCUUAGGAACUGGUCAGUAAGUGCCCUCUAAUGCUGUAGCCUUGAGUAUAUAAGGACGUUUCCCUAGGAAUUUGAGUCCUCUAAAGUUGCUGACCUAACUGCCUCUCCUGUAGGUUGAUGGGAACAUUUAUCAGGACUGCAUUCAGAUGGUGACUGACAGCCAGACUGCUAUAUGGACCAACUCCACCUUUGUUCAGGCCAUGGCGGAGCAUGUCAAGGAGCAGUGUGACUGCCUGGGCCCUGGCAUGGUCAACAUGCAACCCAAGGAGAUCUUCUGGCUCAUUGGAUUCUGCGAUGAGGUGAAGGAGAUGCCCAUGCAGACUCUGGUCCCUUCCAAAGUGGCCUCCAAGGACGUCAUCCCUGCCCUGGAACUGGUGGAGCCCAUUAAGAAGCACGGGGUCCCAGCAAAGACUGAUGUUUACUGUGAGGUGUGUGAAUUCCUGGUGAAGGAGGUGACCAAGCUGAUUGACAACAACAAGACUGAGAAAGAAAUACUAGACGCUUUAGACAAAAUGUGUGCGAAGCUGCCAAAGUCCUUGUCAGAAGAGUGCCAAGAGGUGGUGGACACAUAUAGCAGCUCCAUCCUGUCCAUCCUGUUGCAGGAGGUCAGUGCCGAGGUGGUGUGCAGCAUGCUGCGCCUCUGCUCCAGCAUGCAGCUGCCUGUGCUGACCAUUCACUUGACUCAGCCAAAGGACAGUGGCUUCUGUGAGGUGUGCAAGAAACUGGUGGGUUAUUUGGAUCACAACCUGGAGAAAAACAGCACCAAGGAAGAGAUCCUGACUGUUCUUGAGAAAGGCUGCAGCUUCCUCCCCGACCCUUACCAGAAGCAGCAUGAUCAGUUUGUGGCAGAGCAUGAGCCCAUGCUGAUCAAGAUCCUGAUGGAGGUGAUGGACCCUUCCUUCUUGUGUUUGGUGAGGCUUACUGGGUGGUGUGGGUCCUCUUGGGCAGCUGUAACCUGGGGGGCUGUAGAUAUCUGGAAGAGUUGCUCUGAGAUGUGGCCGUGGGGUGGAGUCUCUGUGUUUUGCUGUGGGAGAGCCAAGAAGACAGGAAGCCAGCCCCUAAGCCCCAUCACUUUCCUCAGCAACCCUGAUGUUCUGAAAGAGCAUGGUAGAUAGAGCUCGGAUCCCAGCUCCUUCUGGAACCUGUGAUCUUAGUUUUGAAAGAGAUAUGUUGGGCAGCUUUCAUUCUCUCGCUUUCUUUUUUCCUUUUCUCACCAUAUAGAAAAUUGGAGCCUGCCCCUCAGCCCAUAAGCCCUUGUUGGGAACUGAGAAGCAUGUAUGGGGCCCAAGCUACUGGUGCCAGAACGCAGUCACAGCAGCCCCAUGCAAUGAGAGUAGCUCAGCACACGGCAUCACCAGCCUGUCUUGCCCUAGAGCAGCCUGCGUGAGAAUCCUGCUUUAGUGGGAACUUGGUGUCAGCUCUCCACCCUGCUUUUAUGUUGUUGGAAAACUGAGGCUCAGAGAGGUGGUUAGGCUUACUCAUGGUCCCCCAGAAAAGGCAGGGUGAACUAUACUCUUGGAAUGAAGGGUGGGGUAGAUCAUUUUUUUCAGUAUUUUUUGCUUCUGUUUUGUUGUUUUUGUCUUCAUUUCCCUUGUGACAGUGUCAGACUUGUACAGCGUCACUCCAGGGACUGCACAAGUUCUGUGGGAUUCAUCGCCCAGGCACUGUUCCCCAGAAACAUGUUUGUCCUGGCUGGAGCCUGGCCUGAGUUUCACUCAAGGCCCUGAGAGCUGGUCCCUGCCCAGCUGCCCCAGGGCACUGUGGCCCUGGCCUGGCCUGGCAGCCACCAGCUGGGUGACCUGGGCUGCUUCCCUGGGUGGGGAUGUUUGGUCCAGUCCCUGUUGCUUAAUGUUGCUUUGCACAACUUUUCCUUCCUCCCCGGGUUUCCUUGUGACCAUGUCAGUGACGGUUGUGUCAUCUCGGACCACUGCAGGGAACAGCAGGGGACCCCCAUUCUGGCCACAUCCAGCUCUUUCCUUCAGCUAGGUGCCAGCUCAUCUCCACCACCAGCCCCACCCCACACGUGGUUCUGCUGCUGUCCUGGGAAAAUGUGGACCCACUUCUCAAGGCCCGAGCUGGUGUGUAGCCCAACUCAGGCAAGGAGGUUCUGCCUGGGGAUCAGUGUGCAGGCUGCUAGCAGGAUGCUGGGUGCCAGACCCCAUCUCCUCCAGAUGACAGUCCAUGCAAUGACUGAGAGGUCGUGGCUAGAGGCCACUCACGUGCUGCCAGGCCCCUAGCCAUGGUGAAGACCUGGCUCACAUCUUCAGAGUUGUUGACAAGGGCCUGGAAGUAGUGGAUGGCCAGAAUGCUGUAGAAGGCAAGGUUGUUGUUGCCAAUGUCUGUGUCCAGGGCCAGCACCCAGACCAACUCUGAGCCCACCUUGAUGUCGGUGGCCACCCCUGCAGGAGCAGGCAGGCAGUGUAAAUGGCAGGGCAGGGGCCACCCCACACCUUGUGCCCAGGCUCCAGUCCCUGCACCUGCAGUGUACUCAGCCUUGGUGAAGUGUGGCAGCUGGUCGUUGAUGUCCUCUAGCACAACGUGUACCUCGUGCAGUGUGAGGUCAGCACCCAGGUUGAGGGCUGGGGAGGGUCCAUGGGGAGGUGUCCAGCUGCAAUUGCUGGAGGCCUUAUGAUGAAGGAAAAGACAGCUUCUCGUUCCCAGUCCAGGUCCUGCAGCAGCAGCUGAUGCCAGUCAGUCUGCAGAUGGAAGUUCUUCUCUUCAUUGCCAGCUAAGGGUGGGACCAUGGCACAGGGUGAG